AUGCGAGUGGAGCUGGUUGCGAUCGCAGGUGAGCUGCGGCAGUGCAGGAGCUUGCUCCGUGCCAGGCAGCUCGAGCACAAGCACGAGAAUCUCGUCGCCUCCAACACCUUGAUCGCCAAUCAUCUCGUCCAGAUGUAUGCGCGCUGCGGCAGCCUGGACGACGCUUGCCGCGUCUUCCAGCACAUUCAGCAGCCAGAUGCCUUCUCCUGGAACAUCCUCGUGCAGGCGCACGCCACCUCUGGCCGCCUCCACGACGCGGCUGCGAUCUUCUUCUCCGUCAUGCCCGCCAGAGACGUGGUGUCGUGGACGACCAUGGUGAGGAUGUAUGCACAGGACAGGCAACAACGUCUGGCGCAGGAGAUCUUUCUCGCCAUGCCAUGUCACAACCUCGUCUCGUGGAACACCUUGCUUGCAGGCUAUGCCCAACAAGGGUAUAUAGAAGUAGCGCAGCGGGUGUUUGAUGCGGCGCCUUGCAAAGAUGAGAUUUCGUGGACGACUAUGUUACAAUGCUACGCAGACGCUGAGGAACUGGAAAACGUGCUAGGAGUGUUCCAUCGCUUGCCUGAGCACUGCGUAUUUUCAAAGACGGUCGUCAUGUGUGCGUAUGCCCAAGCCGGGCAUGUGUGUGAAGCUCGAACGAUCUUCGAUUCCAUGGAGGGCGAUGACAAAAACGUCGUGUCUUGGACCGCAAUGAUCUCCGCCUACGCGCGGGGCGAUUGUCCCAGCAGCUGGGGCGAGGCCAAGAGGCUGUUCGAUCGCAUGCCGAGCGGCAGGAACAUCGUGUCGUGGGGCGCGGUGCUGGCGGCGCACUGUCACGGCGGGGACGUUGAUACCGCGCGGCACAUCCACGGCAAAAUGCCCGAGUGGGACGCCGUGUCGUGGGCGAUCCUCCUCACCGCCCAGUCCGACGCGGGACUGCUGGAGGAGGCGACUGCCGGCUUCCACGCCAUGCCCAGCAUCCGCGACGUGGUGCUAUGGAACGCGCUGCUCCAGGCGCAGGCCAAGAACGGGCAGCUGCUCGAGGACGACAAGCGCAUUUUCCACAAAAUGCCGCAGUGGGAUCCCGUGUCGUGGAACACCAUCAUCGGGGCGGUGGCGGCGAAGGGCUCGAUCGAAGAGGCACAGUGGCUGCACGAGUGCUUGUCUCACAAGACGGUUGUGUCGUGGAACGCCAUGAUCGCCGCGCUGGGAGCUAGUGGGAUCAUCGAGGAGGCGGAGGCGAUGUUCCAGCGGAUGCCGGAGCGAAGCCUCGGGUCGUGGAGCGCGCUUGUUGCCUCGCUGGCGGGGAAUGGCUACUGUGUCGAGGCGAAGCAGGCGCUGGAGGAGAUGCCCGUGUGCACGGCCGCUGCUGUAGCGGCGAUGAUUGGGUGCUAUGCGGUAUUGGGGGACGUGGCGGAGGCGAAACGGGUGUUUGAGCGGCUGCCAGAAGAUGUUGCGGUGAUGAAUGCCAUGGUUUCAGCGUAUGCCGUAAACGAGCAUGUAGAGCUGGCCAAGGAGUUGUUUGAUCGAUUUCCAGAGAAAAGCGUGCGUUCAUGGAACAGCAUUAUAGAAGCAUAUGCACAGUCUGGGCAGAUGGUAGAGGCGAAAACAUUGUUUGAUUCUAUGCCGGAAAGAAACAACCUCUCGUGGAAUGCUGCUCUUGCAGCUUAUGCGGCAAACGGGCAACUUGAGGAGGCCGUUUCUACCUUUGGGAGGAUGUCUCACUGCAACACUUGCUCGUGGAACUGCAUGGUGGCUGCCUUUGCACACAAGGGGCGACUCGAGGAUGCAAAGAUUCUCUUUAACAACACUCCACAGCACAAUCUGGCGUCGUGGAACAACAUAAUCGGUGCGUAUGCCGCCAAAGGGCAUGGGCACGAGGCACUCGACCUGUUCCAGGAAAUGGUGCUGGCCGGCUUCACCCCAGACUGCAUCACCUUCAUGCAUGUCCUAGGAGCGUGCAGUCACGUCGGGAUGUUGCGGCGGAGCUGUGAGCUGUUUGCAUGGAUGAGCAGCGAGCACUACCGCAGCCCCACCCGGCAACACUACUACAGAAUGAUUGACGUCGUGGCGAGGGCGGGAGAAGUAGCGGAGGCGGAACGGCUGGUUCAUGGCCUGCCGUUUUCGCCGGAUCCUGUGGCAUGGUCGACGGUGCUGGCCGCGUGCAGAACUCACGGGGACGUUGAGUGCGGAGCCCGAGCAGCGCAGCAGCUGGGUUGCAUGGGAGUUGCAGUGGGCACGCGUGGUGAGGAAGAAGAGUCGCAUCAUAGGCAAUGGCAUCGCGGCAGACAAGACGAGAGCUGCAGCAAUCACUACGUGCUCCUGUCCAACAUGUUUGUGGCGGUUGGCCGGCGAGAGGACGCUGCGUGCUUGAGACGAAGCAUGCAAGACAAAGGGCUCCGGAAACCACCUGGCGUGAGCAUUGUCGAGCCACAUUUCUAG